AUGAGCUUACCUCGCUGUUUGUCCCUUGAGCCUAUUUCAACCUCCCUCACAUCCUCCACUCUCAUCACCGCCUCGGGCAACAUCUCGCUUCCCAACACCAACCUCACUCUCCUCGGGAAUGUCUACAACCACUGGGUUCCCCUUGGAAACAAAACCUUCGACCUGACUCGCUCACUCAUCUACCCAACCACCACUCCCCUCACGAUUCCCAUGACCGGCUCGCGGAAGAGCGCCAUCAUCGAGCCCUCGCGCAGCGCCCUCAUCAUAAUCGACAUGCAGAAUUUCUUCCUGCACCCGGAGCUGAGCCCCAAGGCAACGGCGGGAAGGACGGCUGUGGACCCUACGCUGAAGAUGAUCGAUGGGUUUAGGAAGAAGGGGAUGAAGGUGCUGUGGGUGAAUUGGGGACUGGACGGGUGGGAUUUGGAGACGAUGCCAGCGAGCUUUUUGGCGGGGUUUACGACGUUUGGCAGCGAUAUGGGCACGUUGAGUGAUGGGACGGCAGUGGGACUGAAGUUGAUGCGCGGUGCGUGGAACGCGAGACCGUAUGGGCCGCUGUAUGAUGCGCAGGUUGAGGGUGUGGCGAAUGGGACGGAUUUAUAUUUCCACAAGAAUCGCCUGAGUGGGCUUUGGGGUGCGCAGACGCCGCUCGGAAUGUGGCUGCAGGAGAAUCAGAUGACGACGCUGUUCUUUGGGGGCGUUAAUGCGGAUCAAUGUGUGUGGGGAACGUUCCUUGACGCAUAUUAUAAGGGAUAUGACGUCGUCUACGUGGAUGACAUCGCAGCAACGACGAGUCCUGAAUACGCUACACAAAUGGUGAGAUACAACGCGAAUGGCGACGGGUUCUUGUCGAAUUCAUCCUUGAUUCUGUCAGCUAUUGCAUGA